UCCAUUCCCACCACACGCCAAAUUUCAGUGUCCUCUUUACUAAAGGCUGUUGAAACCAAAACACAAAUUUACACUUACAAGAUUGUAGAAACAUUGUGAGGUACGAAGCUAAGAACAUUGUAGGCGUUGUGUACAUUCCAAAGAUUUCAUCCAAUCCAAUUGUUCACUAUAAAUUUAGCACUUACCUCGCAUUUUCUAGUCGUCUCAGAACGGAUAGCUUCAAAAUAAAGCAAAGAACUCAAAUUUGUAGAAGAUAACAUGUCCAAGGGUGACAAGGUUGAGGUUUUGGACUUUUGGGCUAGCCCAUUUUGUGGUAGAGUGAAAAUUGCUUUGGAAGAGAAAGGGGUGAACCAUGUAGCCAGUGAAGAGGAUGUGUUUGGGGCAAAGAGUGAACUUCUCCUGAAGUCAAAUCCCAUUCAUCAAAGAGUUCCUGUGCUCUUGCACAAUGGCAAACCCCUUGCUGAAUCUGCUAUCAUAGUUAGUUACAUUGAUGAAGUCUGGCCUUCCAAAUCCCUGCUUCCAUCCAGUGCUUAUGAUCGUGCCCAAUCCAGAUUCUGGGUUGAUUACAUCGACAAAAAGGUGUUUGAAACUGGGAGGAGCAUAUGGGCAAGCAAUGGAGAAGAGAGAAAAGUGGGGACUAGGGACUUCAUUGAAGUUUUGAAGCAUCUUGAGGAAGCUCUUGGGGAGAAGGAGUAUUUUGGUGGUGAUGCCUUUGGGUAUUUGGACAUCAUAGCCAUUCCUCAUUCAGCUUGGUUUUUGGCCUAUGAGGAGCUUGGGGGCUUCAAAGUUGCAGACCAUUCACCAAAGAUCUCAGCUUGGAUUAAGAGGUGUUUGCAAAGGGAAUCUGUUGCCAAAGUUCUGCCAGACCCAGACAAGAUCUACCAGUUUGUUCUUCACUUCAGGAAGAUGUCAGGGCUUGAUUGAUGAAACAUGAGUGCUUGUUAGGCAGUGAAUGGUUAUGGCUUGUUCCUGCUUUUUCUCAUUGUAUUGGAAUUUGCUGUUUUAGUAUUUAGCCAACUCUCAUAUAUGAUGAUGGCUUGAAUUAAAAUAAGGGCAAUAAGGAAUAAUAAUUAA